UAGAACCAACUAUUUAUCCAUUCGAUCGCAGCAGCUACAUACACAAACCCUAGCCCAAGAAACCCUAAAUUCGCCCGCCUGAACAUGUCGCACUUUGGAAGAGCAGGCCCGCCGGACAUCAGAGACACCUAUUCGCUCCUCGUUCUCAACAUCACCUUCCGUACAACUGCUGAUGAUUUGUUUCCCCUUUUUGAUAAGUACGGAAAGGUUGUUGAUGUAUUCAUCCCCAGAGAUCGCAGGACUGGAGAUUCUCGGGGGUUUGCUUUUGUUAGGUAUAAGUAUGCAGAUGAGGCUCAGAAGGCAGUGGACAAGCUUGACGGAAGAGUUGUUGAUGGCAGAGAGAUAAUGGUUCAGUUUGCCAAAUACGGGCCAGAUGCUGAAAGAAUUCACAAGGGAAGGAUAGUGGAGCCAGUAGAAAAGUUGAAAGGAAGGUCAAGGAGCCGAAGUCCCAGGCCAAGUUCCAGGUACAGAGACGACCACAGGGACAGAGAUUAUAGGCGGAGAGACCGUAGCAGAAGCCGGGACCGAUAUGAUGAGAGAUAUCGAGGUAAGGACAGGGAUCGUUACAGAAGCAGAAGUCGCAGCAGAAGUCCUGAUUAUCGCAGAGAACGUAGAAGAGGGAGAUACGAUGAUGAUAAGGGCAGAAGUCCGUCUCCUAACAGGAGUGUUUCUCCUCCUGCUCGGGGCAGUGCUAGCCCGCGCAAGAGCGUGUCUCCGCGCAGGUCACCUUCUAGAAGCAGAAGUCCCGUAGCUCGUGAUGAAAAGGAGCGCUCGCCUACUCCAAAAAGUGUUUCACCCCGUGGCAGGUCUGACUCUCGAAGCCCAUCACCACAACGAUCUGAUGCUGACGAGUGAAAAGUGAAGUAAAUCGUUGAAGACUGCAUGAAUUAAAAGCGAUGUUCCUUUUUCUGAUGAGCUGGAUGAAUUCUUGAACUCGUAUGCGUAUUUCUAAGGUUAAACUUUUUUCCGUUGUACUCUUUGCAUAUGUAGUUUUUUAUGUUCUGCAGUAUGGAUUUCUUUCUCUAUCUGUGUUAAGAGUUAUCCUUUUGGAUAUUUGUGAGUGUCUGGUUUCAUGUUUGCGUGCAUAUUACUGAAGUUUUUUGAAAUGGACUAUAGUUGCUGUAUGCUGUUGGUGAGAACCGGUCCAGCUUGCAGCGGUUAAGCUGUUGGUUGAUGUCUUUUCUUGGUGGUUGAACAAUUUAUUACGGUUGUGAGUGAUGAUGAUGGUGAUGGUAUUGUCAUCUUGGGCGGUAAGAGACCAAUACCUUAAUAAUGCUGAAGUCAACUUAGGAUUUUGACUUACAGUUGCUUUGUUUUUGGGCCAAUAAAAGGGGUUUGUGGUAGCUGGAUGAUAUUAAAAGAUGGUUGAAGUUGAUAUGACGCAGCACCUGAUUUUCAUUAUUUGUAGCUGCUGAGUAUUCAAAACCCGUGACUGGUGGUCGUUUAAACAAGUCUUGGGGUUUCAUUAUUUGUAGCUGCUGAGUAUUCAAAACCCAUGACUGGUGGUCUUUUAAACAAGUCUUGGGGUGGUUCGAGUAGACAACACGGUAAAAUUACAAUAACAAGUAAAUUUUGGUGACAUUGAUUUAUUUUUUGGCCGAUUCCUUAAGGUUGCUUUAUAGGUCAUUAACCAACUCUAAAAAUCAUUAGAGCAGAUGGGUUGGUAAGUAUGUCGUGUGCUGACUUGUUACUUGUGAGAUUAUUCAGUCGUUUGUUGGUCGUGAUUUUUAAGCAAUUCGUAAUUGUAGUA